AUGGACGAAAGAAAAAAGAACUUAUAUCAAGGUCUUCUUACAGUUUUGGGAAGUUUUCUGCUUCAUUUAAGUUUAGGUCAUUUUUAUACUGUGGCAAACAUGUCUACUUAUAUAUUAUCGUACACAGCCGCAAGAGUGGACAAAUAUAUUUCCAAUGACCAAGCGACUUGGUUAUCAGCACUGGGUCUUGGAUGUCAAGGUAUAGCUAUGCCGCUUGGAGGAAUGCUGAGCAAGAAGUUUGGACCUCGGGCAUCCAUGAUAGCCACGGUAAUACUAGCAAGCGGAAGUGUUCUGCUAACAUAUUUCACUGUCCAGAGCGCAUUUAUUGGCGUAGUUAUUACGAUUGGGGUAAUAUUUGGGUUUGGAAUGGGGAUCGGUUACUCAGUUGCGAUAGCCUGCGCCGCCUCAUGGUUUCCACAAAGGAGAGGACUAGUCGUCGGAUUGAUUGUUGGUGGGUUUGGUUUAGGGUCUCUAGUAUUUACACCUAUCCAAACCAAAUAUAUCAACCCAUCAAACAUAAAAGUUGAUGAAAUAUCAAGGUAA